CUAAGAGUACACUUUUGAAAGUAACUUGCCUUUCUUCUUCUCUUAUUACUUCUACACCCAUGGGUUUAUCACCAUAUCCACUUUUCAGACAUGCUUAAGAUUCUGCAGACAAGAUUGGAUCCUCCCAUCCUGAUACAAUGGACCUAGUGUUGGAUCUUGAAUCGGGCCCGGUCUAUGAGUUGCAGAAACUGGGUCCUGGAGAGUGGCGGUCUCCUACGAAUCCAGACCUUUGCUGUAUCUACAGAGUCCCAAACAGUAUGUAUCAAAUGAGUCCAGAAGCAUACACUCCUCAGCUGGUCCUCAUUGGACCGCUUCACCAUUCUUUAAAAUCUCCAGCUUUCAAGUCUCGUGGAAACAUCACAAACAGAAAGUUGAUGGGUUACUUAAACAUGGAGGAGCAAAAGAAGAUUUACUUGGCGGGAUUUACACGAAGAUUUGAAGGCGAAAAAAUCAUUGACACAUUCAGAAACAUUAUCAAAGAAGACGAAGUUAUAAUCAGAGCAAGCUAUUCAGAAUCAACGGCAUGGAUUGAAUCUGAAGAUUUCGUGGAGAUGAUCCUGCAAGACUCUGUUUUCAUAAUAGAGCUCAUGUUGAGGAAUUAUGCUACUGAGAAAGAUAAAAUAGGGGAUCAUCUUAUGGACGAGCCGUGUCUUGAAAUCACAAUCAAGGGAGAUCUCAUCUUGCUCGAGAACCAGCUUCCUUACUUUAUUCUCGAGAAACUCUUCGAUCCUGUUGUCCAAACUCUAAACCCGAACCAGACUCUCUGUCAGCUUGUUAUCAACUACUUUCGUCGCGACCUGGAGAACACAAAGAUCUGCGGCCAGAAAAAGUUCAGACAUUUCACCGAUCUGGUCAGGUGUGUCCGCGUGGAGGGUAAAUUUCCGAAGUAUGAGUAUGAAGAUUUCCAACCAAGUUACAAAAUACAUAACAUUAACGCUCAUAAGCUAGACAACGGAGGAGUGAAAUUUAAGCCCACGGAAAAUGCGUUUCCAGUUCUGGUGGCAUUCAAUCCUAAAAGUGGUUGCUUGGCGAUACCCCAUUUCAAGGCUGAUGACAGUGUGGAGCUAACAAUUAGAAAUAUAAUGGCACUUGAGCAAUGCCAUUAUCCAUACGAAGCCCACGUCUGCAGCUAUAUCAUUUUCUUGGAUUUCCUCAUUGAUACCGACAAAGACGUUGAGUUGCUUGUCGAGAAAGGUAUAAUAACGAAUUUACUUGGGAACCACGGUGUGGUGGCUAAAAUGGUGAAUAGGCUCUGUUUGGGGGUCCCCGAAGACGGUGCUUACUAUUCUCGAAUCGCAAAACAAGUCAGAGAUUACUACAACAGCGAAUACAAUAAGUCACGCACCAUCCUCAAGCGUGUGUAUUGCAGCGACCUGUGGAGCGGGAUAGCCACCGUAGGCGCUACGUUUCUGUUGCUGCUGACUCUUAUCCAGACCGUGACUUCAGUUAUUGAAGUUUUGUCGAAAAAGUGACACUUGUCUCUAUCUAAAUGCACUUUCGUCACUUAUGUCUUCGAUUUCAUAUUUACUGGUUCAAAUGAUUUAGCUAGUAAGAACUAGCAAGAUGUGAUGUUCUUUUAUGAUAUCUAUUUUUAUUAGCAACUGUAUUGUGAAGUUGUUGAAUUUGAUUACAAGAGUCUAUUGUUUCAUGCC